CUCAGCUCCACAAAGAAACACUAACUUCUCUGAAGCAGGGAAGACAAGAGCGGAGACUCGACACUCUGGAUAAUACACAAAGUUCUCAUUCAACAAAAGAGACUCAGAGGCUCCUUUGACCAGCUCUGUCACCGUUUCUCCAUCAUCAUCAGCUCUGCUUCCCGGCAGCUCAGGGUUUUGUGUGUAUCGCCAUGGUAACCCACAGCAAGUUUGACAACGCAAUGAGCAGCGGCCUGUUUGACGCUAGCUUGCGGCUGCCGUCUCAUCGCUUCAAGACCUUCAGCUCCAAGAUGCAGUUCCAACUGGUGCAGCAUGCCAUCAGAAUGCUGCAGGAGAGUGGCUUCUACUGGGGCGCCAUCAGCGGGAAAGAGGCCAACCACCUGCUGAGCUCCGAGCCCAGCGGGACCUUCUUGGUCAGAGACAGUUCGGACAAUCGGCACUUCUUCACGCUUAGCGUGAAAACUGAAUCAGGCACCAAGAACCUGCGCGUGCAGUGCGACAACAAGUCCUUUUUCCUGCAGACGGACUCAAAGAGCAUGCAGUCCGUACCCCGCUUUGACUGCGUGCUGAAACUGGUCCAGCACUACAUGCCGAAGAGCGCUCUGUCCAUCGGGAUCCCUCGAAGUUCCUACUACAUCUACACAGGAGGGGAGAAAAUCCCUCUGGAGCUGCUCAGGCCUCUGCAGUGCACGAUGUCCUCGCUUCAGCAUCUCUGCAGGAAGACUGUAAACGGACACACGGAUGUUUCCAGCAAGAGAGAACAGCUGCCCCAGCAGCUCAAAGACUUCCUGCAGGAGUAUGACGCCCCUAUUUAAAGCCUGAAAGAGGGAGCUGAUUAUGGCUUACAUUUUUGGGCCUGGAAGUACAUGGAGAGCACAUGGAGUUGUUCAGCCACUGGUAUGAUCACUGAUCCAUUCCUAUGCGGCUGAUGUUGAAGCGCCAUUCUUGCCAUAAGAGACUUGAUGGAUGGAUAUUUUGCCAGUACAACAAACAACCCACUCUGUGGGCACCAAUCACUGCCUUUGCACUGCCCUGAAUCUCCACGCAGGGAGACGUUAGACAGAAACCAGCCGCCACCGCCCUUCUUCCAAGUAAAUAUUUGUGCCUUUCAAAGGAAAAAGGAAGAACUGCACAGCGGGCAUGCUGUUGAGAAACAACUUGUGGACAGAAACAAAAAAACAGCAGGACUGAACACACACAAAUACAGUUGAAGAUCAAAUUAUUAGCCCUGUACUGUGAAAUUUCAAUUCUUUUUCAAAUAUUUCCCAAACAAAGCAAGAAAUUUACUUUUUAAUACUGUACAUUCUUUUCUCUUUUUUAGUUUGGCUGGAAUAAUACUAGUUUAAAACUAUUUUUAAAGGUCAACAUUAUUAAAAAUUCGUUUUGUUUUUAGUUUACAGAGUAAACCACUGCUGUCCAAUGAACUUUAUUAGCAUAGUUAAGCUUUUAAAUGGCACUUCAAGCUGAAUACUUGUAUCUUACAAUAUAAGCAACAUAAUAGAAAGAAAUUCGUUUUUAGAAAUAAGUUAUUGAAACUCUCUCUGUUAAACAUCACUUGGGAAAUCUCUGAAAAAGAAUUAACCUCACAACAUGGUGAAUAAUCCAACUUCAGCUUGAUAUAAAAGGACACUUUUCUGCUUGUACUUGAACGACAGACACUGUGGAACAAAAUGUUGAGUGAAGAUGUUUGUGUUAGCACCGUUACUGAAUGUAUUAACCAACACGGGUCUUCUGUGUCUGAGGAUCGCCCGUGUUUUUUCAGACUUCUCAUGCCAGACACUGUUUACAUACAUGAAGAUGCAUUUAGACCUUUUGUAAAGACAUCUCAACCAUGUUUGAUGAUGGAUGUGACUCGUAUUUAUAUUUAUGAAACCGAAGAACCAUUUCAAUAAUUUAUUAAAGAGCACUAUUUUUCUAAAAAUGAA